AUUCGCAACUACCGCAGCAUUCGAAGUUCAUCAGCCGGACGGCUUUGAAAAGAGUCUGAAUUUUUUUGCCGUGCCGCUCAUGUUAGAUUCUCGCUAUCGCAUACUUGGCCAAGAAUUUUCAUUCAGCUUCCAGCUUAAAAACUACCAACUCAGGGUUAUUGGAUCUUUUAGGGGAAAUCACUCCUACUACAGUCCUAUCCAGUCUCUCUACAUGACACAUGGACGAGAUUAUUUUUGUCAACGAACCUCCCAGUUCACUAUUAAACGCUGCAUUUAAUGCUGUUUCCGAAUAUGAAAAUAUUUGUCCGAAACGUCUAAGUUCUUGUGAAGUCAUUAAGCUAUAUCCAUUGAAGCCUUCUAAAGACGUUUGUUUUGUGCUUGCCCGCUUUGACGGUGAGUGUUACGACCAUCUUCGGUCACUUGGAGUAUCAAUUUAUGGGCCACAAGUCAUUCUUCAUUACGUAAGAGAGAACAAGCCGUUACCAAAUCUUCCGUAUCCCCUGUUUUCGACGGCCCUCCUUAAUGCCACUGCCACAGUUACAUCCGUAACUGGAGCCCAGAGGAAGCAAAUAUUCGAUUCAAUACAAAUGUUGCAUGGUUCUGUGUCACGAGACUUAACAGAUAACGUGAAUGUCAUAGUUACGGCCAAGGUUGGUUCCAAAAAAUACUUGGUGGGCGCUAGCAGAAAUCUCCAUAUUUUGCUUCCUGACUGGAUUACGGAGGCCUGGCGUCUUUCAGAGAUUCAAGAUCCUAUAGAUAUGAUGUUAGGGAUUUACACUGAGAAGUAUCGCGUCCCAAUCUUUUCUCAGCUUGUUAUCUGUGUUUCAGGUCUGUCUGUAGAGGAGCGUAAAGAGGUAUCUGAUUUAGUCUCCAAACAUGGGGGGAAAUACUCAGGUGUAAUGAAAAUAGGUGAGACGACGCAUUUAGUAACUCGGCAAGCAUCAGGAACAAAAUAUGUUCAUGCUAAAAAAUGGAAGAUACAGAUAAUAAGUAUCAAGUGGCUUAUCGACUCAGUAGAUAAAGGAUAUGCUCUUGAUGAGGAGGAUUAUCGAGUAGACCAAGCUAAGACAAAAUCUUCAACACCAACUCCAAACACACAACAAAAUGAAAUCUCCUUCGAUAAUAUAUCAGCGAUUAGUUAUGUUGGUGCUGCUUCUAAGGUUGAUGAAACUCGAAGUGUAUGUUUCAGAGAGAGUGCGCAAGUUGUUAGUAUUCAAAGUGGUAGUUCUAUCCUUUCUGGUUGUUCAAUUAGAUUCUCUGAUUGCAAAAAAGAUGAGGUUCAUUUGUACUCGUCAAUUGUUAGGGAGUUAGGUGGAAAAUUAUGCACAGAAUUGUUUGACCAAGUUACAGAAAUGCUAACUCACGUUGUUGUUGGAAGUAUUCCCAGCUCCAAUAAUAUGUCGAGAGAAAAAGGUGUUAAAUACAUCAAGGGAGCGUGGCUACUUGCAUGUCGGGAUUCAAAAGUUCGUAUUCCGGAGGAUGAAUAUCUCAUUUCCGAAAUAAACGAAAACUUUCAAAGGCUUGAGGAUGAAGUUGACGUUACUUCAACAAACAUAGAUGCAGCUGACUUCCAGUUAAUUAACCAGUAUUUUACAGGUGGUCUAGCAGAUGAUGAAUUUCAGGAUGAAGCUGUUGAAACAAGAGGGGUCAUCCAAGGUUCUGAUAAAACUUCAAUCAGACCUGAAAUCGCUGACGAGGUUAAGCAUCCAGAGGCUUCUGAAAUAUCUCAUCUUGGUGGGUGCUUUUCAAACCUUGUAUUCUCUUUUCACAAAGAAUUAAGUGAUGCAGAUAUUAUCAAAUAUACUGACAUAAUUAAAACAGCUGGAGGUUGUAUCUCCGACAAUGAACAUAAUGUGAAUUUCUUAGUUACUCCAUUUUUCGUCACUAACCUUCCUCUCAUUAGUUCUUGUGAAUUUGUUACUGUCGGGUGGAUUUCGUAUUGUAUUCAUGAAAAGAGUCUUUGUUUGCAGGAAAUCAGGAAAGAAUGUGCAUUUAAACCUGUGUUACAUAAACCAGGCCCACCACCGUUAUCUGGAUGCGUCAUUUCACUAAGCGGUUUUGUAGGCAAUGAUAGGGGUUUAUUAACUUCAUAUGCUCAAGCUCUUGGGGCUGUUGUCCAGGAAUGCUUCUUACGCAAGUCAGUAGCAUCUAGGAAUCUCGCCGCCAGUACUCAUCUGGUUGCAGCUAAACCAGAUGGACGGAAGUGGCCUGCUGCUCAACAAUGGGGUCUUCCGGCUGUCAGUCGUCUUUGGCUUUAUAAAUGCGCUGAGACUUGGAGUUUAGUUAAUGAAUGCGAAUUCCCAGUAUACGAUACAAGUAAGGAUUUUAGAAUCAGUAAUAACGAAGAUUUAACUGUAAUUUCCGAAGAAGUAAAGGUCAGAGAGUGUGGCAUGUUGAAAAAUAUUCCUAGUUUUCGUAAAUCAGCUAAUGGUAAAACUACUGAGAAUCCCGAAUAUAACCUGGCACUUAGUAACCUAGCAGAAACAAUGCAAACCCCUGACUGGCUUCAAGAUUUUCGCGAAGGUCGUUCAUCAAAAUUAAAUUCGUCACUUCAUUCUUCAAGUUAUUCAUACAAACCGUCUCCAACUUUUUCUGUGCAAGUGUCCAGAUGCCUGAAAAAUGCAGUCCAAGAAACAUCAGCGCUACCAAAAAGAAAGUUGGAACUUUCAGAUGACGAAGAGGAUAGCUUGUGCUUACGAGGAGUUGUAAUAUGUGUGGCAAAACACUUAAGUUCUCGCCAAGUGGAGCUAAAUGAUAUCGUGAAAAAACUGGGUGGAGAUUUCAAGUGGACUUACAAUCCUGAAGUUUGUACACAUAUGAUCUCUGAAACUUCACCUGAUGACGCUUUACCCCCAUCAACACCAUCAUCCACUAUACCAGUUACACCUGGUACCUGUCCAGAAGGCCAACUUGUUUAUGCCGAUGUAGCUGCUGCUAAGCAAGAUGGGAAAUAUCUGGUCAAUCCGAAAUGGUUAACUUCAUGUAUGGUAGCCUGUUGUAGAUUACCUGAGAGUGAUUUCCCUCCUACAUGUUUGGAUGGAAAAACAUCUGUUAGCACAUCUCCAGUAGAACCACAACCAAAAGCAGCACGAGUUGCUUCUUUAAAUCUUUUCGGAGAUGUUAAUCGUCGAUUGGGAAUGAUGAUUGCUGGGAAUAAAAGUAAUUGCUUUCAGAAUGGAUUUAAAAAUAAUUUCAAGGAAAAUAUGGAUCCGACUACCAACACCGAUCAACAGUUUUUAAAUAAGGAAGACCGAAAUUUGGAAAAUGGAGAGUUUAUAGAUUCUCAAUUCCCAUCAGUUCCUACGGGUCAUAGACGUCUUAGACGAAAUCCUCGUCGUAGCAAUUAUUCAACUACUAAUCGUUCAGAUACUACUAUAACUUCUCAUGAGUCCAAAUCGAACAACGAUUAUGAUAAUGAUAGAUCAAAGGUAGGGAACUCAAACAAUCCAAAUAAUAAUGUUGAUUUGGUACAACCUGGUCAAAUGAUCAUGGUUCGGUGGAAGUACGAAGAUGACACUCCACAUCAGACGACGACGACAACCACAACAACUAGCACUGAUCUUGUAAUUUCAAAAGCAAACUGCGAAAAGAAUCAGUCUGAAAAUAAAAUUGAACAGACAUUAUUAAGAGAGAACAUUACACAAAAAUCAGAUAAUCAAUCAUCGUUCAAAUCACCGAUACAAAAACAACAACAGCCACAACAACCUGAUUGCCUAUCACCUAAACGAAACUAUAUAAUCUCUUUCACUGGCCUGUCAUUAGAAGAACGAGAUCGCUAUGCGGAAAUUGUAGAGCGACUAGGUGGAGAAGUAGAUAAUCUGACUACGUUAAGCGAGAAAACUACACAUCUAAUUGUGUAUGCACCAACACGAAGCGAAAAAUGCCUUAUCUGUCUCGCUUCUGGCAAGUGGAUGUUGCACAAAUCCUACUUAGACGCAUGCUCACGGGAAUCCUGUUGGGUUGAUGAAGCAGCAUAUGAGUGGGGUGGUCCUGGUACUGAGCCCUUAUUGAUGCAGUUAAGUCCGUUUCCUUGUCCACCCGGUGGUCCUACAUUAUCACAUCAACAGAAAGCUGCUCAGAUUAGAGAUCUAGCUAGAUCUGCACGUCGUUGGCGGUUGUCUGGAGGCAAAGCAUUUCAUAAUUGGAAGGUUAUUUUUGGACCUGGUUGUGAUAAAGAAAGUAGUUUUAGACGUAUUAUCGAAGCUGGUGGAGGGAAAGUAUUAUCAAGCAGUCCACCCUAUCCUCCUGCUCAUGAAGUUACUCAUGCAUUUGUUAAAAUAAAUAAUAAUUCUGCCAUCAUACCUUCCACUUUACCGCGUAACUACUUAUGGCUGCGCAUAGAUUAUCUUUGUUCCUAUUUAAGUUCUGGUGAAGAAAUCUCAAAAUCAGAAUUCACUCUUUAAUCCAUCCAGUUUUACAGCUAUUCCAAUGUAUCAAUUCCUGAUGGAGAUUAAUCUUAUCAAUCAAUAAAACAAUCAACAAAUACUCUCAACUAUCCUAGUCAGUGAUAUCCAUCUGCAUUUUAAUAUUAUGUUUAUUUUUAUUAUUUAACUUGGUAUAAUGUCUAAUAGAUGUUGUUCACUAAACAUCAUGUCGUGUUACCUUUAUUCAAUCGACUAAACUCGACUAACAAUAUACAUAAGCACAAUGGCAAACAUUAAAAAGAAUCAUUGUUCUAUACACAUUCGUUGUCUCAAUCUAAUCUAUUAUGUAAGAUAUUCUUUAAAUCUUUCUGGUUGACUUAUUCCAAGUUAUCAUUGUAUUUAAGUUUCUUAAUGCUGUAUAUGUAGCUAAUCUUUUUGGUGUGCUUUUUUUUCUUCUAUUUAUGACCAUUGAUUGGUGUAGUCAAAUGGUUUAUUAUUGGAUAAUGAAAGCAAGUUUAUUGUUUGUUUGUUCUUUAAAAAUGCAUUUCCUAUGUUUACUUAGUUAAACUUGUUUUGGUGGUCAUAAUGAAUUGAUUUGAAAUGAAAUUUCCAGUUG